AUGCGAGCGCCUACUUUGGCCACGUUCAUCGUUGUGACUCUCGCCAUGGCUGGCAUCAGCGAGUUUCUCGCCCAGAGGAGUGAAAGAGAGGGCGGCUUGGCUCUUUCAGACUGUUCUGAAUGCUUAUCUGGCCUAUCGACAUUCGGGUAUCUAUACGCUCCGACUAUUGUUUCGGUUCUGUAUGGCCUUGUGUGGACGUGGAUCGAUCUCGACAUUAGACGGAUACAACCCUGGCUGGAGCUCUCACGACCGGAGGGUGCCACUGCGGAUUCAUCACUCCUCCUAAACUAUCCUUUCUCGUUUCUGGCCUUUGUACCCUUUUCAGCAGGAAAGCGAAGACACUGGCCCGUGUUCUUCUCUGGAAUUGCGUCUAUGAUGAUCUUUUGGGGAACAACACCGCUACUUGGAGCAAUCUUCGGUGUAAAAUCCGUCGCUGUGGUUACCACUGCGCCGAUGGCUAUAUCAGCCACUUUGCCCUCACUUGAAGACCAGACUUACAAAAUAGACACGUCUAUGCUGUAUGGCACCUAUGGUGUGGCAUGGCUCAACCAGUCAUACCCGGCCUUCACAACAUCUGAUUACGCAGUCGUUCCUUUUGCUCCUACGAUUGUGGGAUCACGCAAUCGCACCGAGGAAUCAUGGACUGCUACCACGCAGAUGCUCAGCACCGAUCUGGACUGCUGGCCAGCUUCUAUUACCACCACUCCCAAUGACCGAAGCUUCGUCUUCGAUAAUGAACGUGGCUGCAAUACGACUGUUGCGUUCUUCCAGACGAGCCCGUUUCCAGAUGUCAACAAUGUCUCUGUAGUGCUUUACAUCGGCUAUCACGGAGAUGCACACCUGGACUACCAACUCAAACAGCCAAAAUGUAGUACGAAUACUUCUCAUCAAUUCCUAGCGGUCUAUGCCGACCAAACUAGAGACUCGCUAGGAAAUGUUGUGUAUAAAAACAUUACCGGCUCAUUUUGCGAAACGCGCUAUCACAAGCAGCAGGUGUCGGUUGCGGUUUCGGCUGAUACGAACAAACCACUUGAUGGAUCUCUAUCCUACUUGGGACCGAAGGAACAACUUGGCGAGGAUGAGUUCAACUCCACGGCCCUUGAGUUUCUCUUGAAUACCGGAAAGCCUUUCACGACCUACGGAAAUUUCGAAUUCCCCACGCCCGUUCGCGACUUCGCAGCUUGUACCACCUUGGAACCCUUUGGCGCGUUAUCCAAGAAAGACGUCGCUUGGCCGGUAACCAAUAUGGUGAAUACAGCGCUGGGCCUCUCUGACAGGCCGGUGAAGCAAUGGAGAGACUCAAAAACUCUUGAGGAUUCCUUUCGCACCGCUCACAAAGCCGCUUUUGCUGUCGCUGUCUCGAAUCUAUUAACACCAGUGCAAGUCUCAAACGGAGAUGAUGUCUCUGUGAAGCGCACAAUGUAUGGGGUUGUCGUCAACAGAACAAUUGCCUAUGUCUUCGAAGGGCUACUUCUUGCGGUUGCAUUUCUCAUCGCAGCAGUGUGGUACACAAGUGCCCGAGCUGCAAGCAAUCUAUCUGACGAUCCGGCAACAAUAGGAUUCACCCUGAGGGCACUUCAAAGAAGUCGAGCUUUGCUUGGUCGAUUUGCAAUGGAAGAUUGUACAGGCACACCAGAACUUAAGAAGAGUCUUCUGAACGAACGGUUCAACCUCGAACUGGACAAUGAUCAAAGUAUCUUGGACAUCAUCAAUUCAUCCUUCUCUAGACCAUCAACGCCCGAGUCUGAAUUGAAGGACGAUUCUUCCAGCGAUCGUCGAAGAGACAUUAAAUAUGCAGCAACACAGCCUCGAGACUUGCACCCAGCAACAGGGCUCAUCGUAAUAUUGGUCAUACUCACUGCCCUCACAGUACUUGCUUAUCUCAAGAAACAAGAGCAGGCACUUAAUGGGCUGUCGAGACCGACGGAGAAUUUCACUGUCCUUCAGAUACUCGAGAAUUACAUUCCCACGGUUUUCUCAACCUUGCUCGAGCCAUUUCUGGUUGUCUUGACCAGGAUCAUCUGCAUUCUACAGCCAUUCAACGAACUGCGUAAGGGGAGACGAGGCCCCGAGAGUACGCUUGAAGCACGAUACACGUCCUUGCCGCCUCAACUAGUCUUAUGGCGAGCCUUGAAGUCGCAGCAUUUUCUGCUGGUAUCGCUUUGUGCCAUAACCCUCUUAGCCAACGUCGUCACAGUGUCUCUUGGAGGUAUUUUCAACGAGGCACCCGUGGCGGUUGAGUACCCUCUCAGGUUUGCUGAGGCACAACGUGGUGCUCUUACCCGCGAUACCAUUAUGGAUCCUGUAUACACGCAGCAUGUUACCUCGGGUCACACUUAUGACCAUUUCUAUGCGACUUGGUCAAACCUAUCCACGAACACCACUUUACCCCCAUGGACGACGCACAAGCAUGCGUUUCUGCCUGUCGUGUUACCUCAGGAGAUACAAAAGGAGGGAGUAUUUCGGACACAGUUGAGAGGGUUCGGGGUCGACUCAAAAUGUACACCAUUGUCUUCAUCCAAGUCAGCCUCGGAGUCAUACGCCAACUUGACCUAUGUCAGAGGCGGACGCGAAAAACCGACCUACUUAUUUCACCGGGAUAAUGGGUCAUGGACAGAGUGUUUUCCUCAAAUGUCCAUGACUGGGCCAGACCCAGCCGGACGCUCCGCACGUGAAUUCGCGAGUGGACUUCAACCAGAUCCCCUCGGCCCCUGGUCAUUACCGCCCAGCGACAAGAGCGGCUUCUGUGAGGACAAGAUUGCUUUGGGCUGGCUUCGCAUCAACUCCAACGACAGCUCUGAGAUCAUACAGUCAACAUUUAUGACGUGCGAGGCAACCCUAAAGACAGCAGUCUUUAACGUGACGUUUGAUCACACGGGCCGCAUCCUAAACUCUACCCAAGCUGGAGAGUUCGACGAUAUUGAACUAUUCAUGACCCGUAACCAGUCGCAAAUAUUGGUUAGGGAGGCUAAUGGCCUCAUCACCAACGUCGGCCGAACUGGCCCCAGUCUUUACCCUUUGGGCUGGCACAAUACCUCCAUCGCCACAGACUGGUUCAAUUAUCUGCUCAAAUUUUACCUUAAUACCACGGACCUGGUCGACCCUCAGAAAGACGUGCCAGACGUGGACGUCUUGAUUCCCGCAGUGCAAGACCUCUACCAAAGGCUCUUCGCUGUUCUUCUCGGUCAAAACUUGCCGAUGUUCGAAUCUGUUGACACCGCCAACGGCGAUGCUGUUGUUGAUGGCGUCUGGCUUGGCACAGAGACACGAAUCUUUCUGGAUGAUAACGCUUUCAUCAUCAGCGUUGUCAUCUUGUCGCUCAACGUGGUUGUCUUGACUGCAAUUUACUGGCGGAGAAAGAAGUCGUAUCUUCCAAGGUUCCCGUCUACCAUUGGCUCCCUUAUCGGUUACGUAGCCGCAAGUCGAGCGGUUCGCCAUUAUGGAGAAGACUACGACGUCAAGACAAGCGCAUCUCGAACCAUGUCGUCAUUCAAGUCGUUUUCUCAAUCGACUUAUUCGUUUGGUCGGUAUAUAGGAGUCGAUGGGAAUCUCCAUCUGGGUAUCGAGAUGGAUCCGUUCGUCGUGACCAUUGAUGAGACGAUGAGGGAAGGAAGAAAACGAUGGUAUAAGAGGGGGAAAUGA